AUGCGAGAAGGAGAGCACGAGGUCAUGCUCGCCUUGCAGCUUGAGUGGGAAGACAUCAACCAGCCUUCCUCCAUCGAACUCCUCCAGGUGCUCGUCCACGGAGAGCAUGAGCGAAGAGAUGAGGGGAACGCCCCUGGCCUGCAAGGGUGGAGGAGGAAACUGCAGUUUGAGCCUCGAGAUGGGCUGGAGGAGAAAGGAUGGCAGUCUGCUGGUUUCUAUCAGUCCAAGGAGGCAGACGGGAAGGAGAAUGUGCUUGUGCUUGUGGUUGCCAACGAGGGGUAUAAGGACCUGCUCCAGCAUUGGAUCUGCCAUGCGGAUCGUCUGGGGCUCAAGUACAUGGUCGGGCUGGCUGACCCUCAGAUAGGAAGAUGGAUGGAGGAGCAUCACCCCAAGGUUCGGACGCACGUGCUGUUCGAGGGGCGAGCAUGUCGGAGGAAGGCUCGUUCAUGA